CGUUUCGUACGGUAUUCGGUAAAUGGCGAUGAAAUCGUGGAACGCGUGCGACGAUCGCGCGUGAAUCAUCGUCAUAUAAAAGCGGCUGGUUUAUUUUCGGGGUGGAUCUAUUUUUCGAUUCGCCAAUUAUGGUCUAUACGGCAUUUUCCGGCGAUAUUCGCGAUAAUUGGCAGCACUGUGUCUACGCCAGUCGGCCGCGUUGAGUCCGCCGUAAACAGCGAUAAAAGUUUUCGGGCAGGACUCGGAAAAAAAAAAAAAAAUUAGAUAUUCUCGAUUCCCGAUCGCGCUCAUUUCGACACGUCGAGGGUGAGGAUACUAUUUAUAAAACGGGGAUGGUCCGCGCGACGCCCACGCCUGCGGUGGACACGUAACGAUAGAUUUAUUAAAAGUAAUAAUUAAUCGUAACACUAACACGCCAAGGUGCAGACAUGUCGUUCCGUGUUGUGCGCAGCAGCAAGUUCCGCCACGUGUACGGAACGCCGCUUAAACGCGAGCAGUGCUACGACAAUAUAAGGGUGUCCAAGUCCUCGUGGGACUCCACCUUCUGCGCUGUCAAUCCAAAGUUCCUCGCCAUCAUCGUGGAGUCUGCUGGCGGAGGAGCCUUCAUCGUCUUACCGCACAACAAAGCAGGCCGCAUACCAGCAGAUUACCCCCUAGUCGGUGGCCACAAAGGUCCGGUGUUAGAUAUCGCAUGGUGUCCUCAUAACGACAAUGUCAUAGCAUCCGGAUCAGAAGACUGCGUAGUUAAAGUAUGGCAAAUACCGGAUGGUGGUAUUUCCAGGACACUAACGGAAUCAGUGGUAGACCUCCAGCAGCAUCAGCGCAGAGUUGGCCUCGUCUUAUGGCAUCCGUCUGCUCUGAAUGUGCUGCUCACUGCUGGAUCGGACAAUCUUGUCCUGAUCUGGAACGUUGGCACAGGGGAAGCCAUAGUGCGGAUAGACUGUCAUCCAGAUAUGAUUUACUCUGCGUGCUGGAACUGGGACGGUUCCAGAUUAGUCACUACGUGUAAGGAUAAAAAGAUUCGUCUGUUGGAUCCUAGAUCGGGGGAAAUUGUCGAAGAAGCUAUUGCACACGAAGGUAGUAAGGCUACGCGUGCAAUUUUUCUCAGGGGAGGCUUGAUCUUUACAACAGGUUUCAGCAAAAUGUCCGAGAGACAGUAUUCGCUGCGCGCCCCCGACAUGUUAGGCGAGCCUAUAGUUAUGGUAGAAUUGGACACGAGUAACGGAGUUAUGUUUCCCCUGUACGAUCCCGAUACGAACCUAGUGUACUUGUGCGGGAAGGGUGACUCUGUGAUUCGAUACUUCGAGAUUACCCCCGAGCCCCCCUUCGUUCACUAUAUAAAUACGUUUCAAACUCCUGAUCCUCAACGAGGCAUAGGAAUGAUGCCAAAACGAGGCUGUGAUGUUAAUAGCUGUGAAAUAUCUAGAUUCUACCGGCUCAACAAUUCUGGCUUUUGCCAGGUCAUUUCUAUGACGGUGCCGAGAAAGUCGGAGCUCUUCCAAGAAGACUUGUAUCCGGACACGCCCGGGGACACCGCUGCAAUUUCCGCCGAGGAAUGGGAAAGCGGAGCCGACGGUGAUCCCGUGCUGAUAUCCCUGCGAGACGGUUAUCAGCCCUCCGUAGCCAAGAACGAGCUGAAAGUGCAUAAAAAGUCGAAUAUCCUCAGUAAAGGAGCGAAAGUCGCCUCGAAUUCGUCGCAGAACGCUACGCAGGCGUCGGCGGGCGUUACAGAGGAGAUGCUGAAGGAGUUCACCGAGGAAAUAAGGAAGUUGAAAGCGGUGAUCGUGAAACACGAGGGAAGGAUACGGGUGCUCGAGUCAGCCGUGGCUCUGCAGAUGAAGGAAGAGGAGCGAAAGGAGAAAUCGUCCUCGCCAGCUGUCGACAGAGAGGUGCUCGCGUCCGACGAGGUGUAAUUUUUCGAAUGAUAUUUUUUAGCUCAGUAAAAAAAAAAAAAAAAGAAAGAAGUAUAAUAUAAGAUAACUAAUUGUGUAAUAAAAAAAAAAAAAAUUUAUCAUAUAUUUUGAUAUAACAAUUUGUGUAAAUAGUAGGUUUUAGCUACGUUGUGUGUCUUGACUCUUUGAAACGAUUCUUGCUAUUUAUUGUACAUCCAUUCAUCAUACAUCCUCCGCAUUUGUACCAUGUCUGCAUCUUUUAUUUUAAUCGAUUGUAAACCGACUGCGACAACCGCCUGUUUCGCUAGCGUUGAGACGUUGGGAUCCGUAGCGCUCGAAACAUUUUAUGUAUAUUCAACGUUGUAAGGAUAAACGAGUGCCUAAUUUGUACAGAUAUCUCGAUGUAAAAUAACGAACGGCUUGUUUUAUUCUGCCGUGGCACCUUGUAUCUGGAUACCUGCGUACGAACUAACACGGAAUAAUCGCUAUUUUACGAAAGCUGUGCAAAUAACAAAUAAUAAGAUAUCAAGUA